GAAUAUGUUAAAUAAAAAUUGCCAGCUUAAUUUGCAUCUAUACCUAUGCAUCUUUCUCUCUGUAUCUUUGUAUCUACACACUAAACUACGCUAAUAAACAACAAAAAAAUGCAAGCUCAAUUUCGCCCCAGCCCAAAAUCAGAAAUACUAAAUCGAUUCAACCAAUCAGCCAACCAACCAGCCAAUCAAGCGCCCAAUCAUCAAUUUCAACUGCCAUUCAAUCAUUCAGCAUCUGCAACAGCUACAACAACAACAGCACACACAACAAAUGCAACAACAAAUGGCAACAAUAAAUAAAUUUUAAAUGUUUAACAUUAAACGCACGACAUUAAAUACGCAAAUUAAACGAGUUUAAACAAAGCUAAAAGAAGAAAAAAACAACCGCUAAAAAACAAGCGCUAAAAAAACCAAGCCAUUAAAUAAAAUUAAUUUCUUAAUUAAUUAUGGAACAUUCAUCAACAUUUUUGUUGUGUUUGUUCCAUUGCCAAAACGAAAAGGCCGCCGCUUGCUUGCAGCUGCAGCCACAACAACAACAACAACGACGACCACUUAGGCAAGUUAAUAGUGUACCAAUAACAAAAGCAACUCUUGCAACCGAAACAACAACAACUGCGGCAGCUGCAACAACAGCCACAGCAACAACAACAACCGAGUUGCCAACUCAACGCACGUCCCUCAACGCAUUUGCUGGGCAACUCUUCACAACUGAACGAAACAACGAUAUUUAUCUGAACAAGCUAAACUAAAAUAAUACAAUUUACAACAGCAACAACUGCGACUUACGGUUUCUCAAGCUCUUUCGAAAAAAAAUACAGAAAGCAAAAAUAGUAUUCAAGUGCAAAUUAUGUAAAUUAAAAGCAAAAACAAAAACAAACCAAAACUUUGAAAAUACAAAUAAAUAAAGAGCCUGCUGAAAAUGCGUGACCAGAAAACCGGAAAUUAAAUUUGCAACAGCCAUAACCUCAAAAAAUAAAUUUAAAAAUAAAAUAAAAGUAGUGCAAACAAACCGCAGGAGCCAAAAAUUCUGAAGGCGAGCAAAAAAAUAGACAAAAUAUUUGCCAAACAAAUAACAUUAAAAAAUAAAGAGAAAGAAAAUAUAAUAGCGGGAGGGAAAAUAAGAACGGAAUUAAGAAAUUUUGCUGGUAAAUUUGUGCAGAGAUUUAAGAAAGUGGAUUAGAGACAAAUUCUAAAUCAAAAGCAAGCUACAAGCGAAAUAUAAGCGACAGAGAUUCUAAUUAAGUGUACAAGCUGCAGCCGGAGAAAGAGACAGAGAGAAAGAGAGAGAGAGGGAGAGGAAGAAAGGCAGUGAGAGGGCAAGAUAGAGUGCAACAGAACUGGCCUUCAUAGCUUGGCACGCUGCGCUGAACUUUGACCCACUCGACGCGUUUGUCUUUUGGCCUUAGUGUUAAUCACGGCAACGUACCAGGACUAGCGAGGUGGGACGCUGGGCGCUGGCUACUUAAAACCCGCGGCGACAGGCGACACAUUGUUGCAGCUUGUGGCAGACACUUUCACUCGCACAACAACAACAGCAAUAACAACGGGGCAACAACUAUAACAACAAGAACAACGGUCCUCGCAAUUCAAACUAAAAACAACGCAAACAACAAAACCAAGGACAUGGACUCGUCUACGUCGUGCACGCUGUUUGUCGCGGUGAUCUUCCUUGUGAUAAUUAAAGAAAGCUGUCAGGGACCACACGAGAAGCGCUUACUCAAUCACCUGCUGUCCACGUACAACACACUGGAGCGACCCGUUGCCAACGAAUCGGAGCCCCUGGAGGUUAAAUUUGGACUGACGCUGCAGCAAAUCAUCGAUGUGGACGAGAAAAAUCAACUACUUAUAACGAAUCUUUGGCUUUCGUUGGAAUGGAACGAUUACAAUUUGCGCUGGAACGAAACGGAAUAUGGCAACGUCAAGGACUUGCGCAUUACGCCCAAUAAACUGUGGAAGCCCGAUGUGCUCAUGUACAAUAGCGCGGAUGAGGGAUUCGAUGGCACGUAUCACACCAACAUUGUGGUCAAACAUAACGGCAGUUGUCUGUACGUGCCCCCUGGUAUCUUCAAGAGCACAUGCAAGAUAGACAUCACGUGGUUCCCAUUUGAUGACCAACAUUGCGAAAUGAAAUUCGGUAGUUGGACUUACGAUGGAAAUCAGUUGGAUUUGGUUUUGAAUUCCGAAGAUGGAGGGGAUCUUUCCGAUUUCAUAACAAAUGGCGAGUGGUACUUGCUUGCCAUGCCCGGAAAGAAGAAUACUAUAGUCUACCAGUGCUGCCCAGAACCAUAUGUCGAUAUCACCUUUACUAUACAAAUACGCCGACGUACUUUAUAUUAUUUUUUCAAUUUAAUUGUGCCAUGCGUGCUAAUAUCAUCGAUGGCCCUGCUGGGCUUCACAUUGCCCCCGGAUUCGGGCGAGAAACUGACGCUGGGCGUAACUAUACUACUAUCAUUAACAGUAUUUCUAAACCUUGUUGCUGAGUCAAUGCCGACAACGUCGGAUGCUGUUCCUCUUAUAGGAGUUACAAUUCUUCUAUCGCUCACAGUGUUUCUCAACCUUGUAGCUGAGACAUUGCCCCAAGUAUCUGAUGCAAUCCCCUUGUUAGGUACAUAUUUCAACUGUAUCAUGUUCAUGGUUGCGUCGUCUGUGGUGCUUACGGUUGUGGUGCUCAACUAUCAUCAUCGCACAGCGGAUAUACACGAGAUGCCACCGUGGAUCAAAUCCGUUUUCCUACAAUGGCUGCCCUGGAUAUUGCGCAUGGGUCGGCCUGGUCGCAAGAUCACGCGCAAGUCAAUAUUAUUAAGCAAUCGCAUGAAAGAGCUGGAGCUGAAGGAACGAUCUUCCAAAUCCUUACUAGCCAAUGUUCUUGAUAUCGAUGACGAUUUUCGUCAUACAAUAUCAGGCUCACAAACCGCCAUCGGCUCGUCGGCUAGCUUUGGCCGACCCACAACGGUGGAGGAGCAUCACACUGCAAUAGGUUGCAAUCACAAAGAUUUACACUUAAUUCUCAAAGAAUUGCAAUUUAUAACGUCACGCAUGCGCAAAGCUGACGAUGAAGCGGAAUUGAUAAGCGAUUGGAAAUUCGCUGCAAUGGUUGUGGAUAGAUUUUGUUUAAUUGUUUUUACGCUCUUUACGAUUAUUGCAACGGUAACCGUUCUGCUCUCAGCUCCUCACAUAAUCGUGCAAUAAGGCCGCUCAAUUUAGACACGUUAAGCUACACACACACACACGCAUUCACACUGAUAAACACAUACACAUAUACGACGCAUGCUGUAUAUGUGAGGAUGCCUAGUUAAGUUCUUUUUCAAAACAACAACUAGAGAAGCUGCUUUGCAAAAAAGCAAAAUAAAAUAAAUUAAAAAAUUGUUAAUUACAUUUUUAAGUCAAAGUAUAAGAAACGCAAGCGAGAAAAUGCUAGAAAAGCAAAAGACACACUCAAGAAAAUUUCGCAUAUGAAAUGUUAAAUUAAAUUACACAAUUCGUGUGUGUACUAAACAAAUAUUUUAUGAAAAUGAAAAACAAAAAACAACAACAAAAAACAAAGCAAAAAUUACUGCC